UUCUGUGUGAAGAGUAUCGUGACUCUGUGUUUAGCUGCUGGUGAGAAGGGCGGUGGGAAACGGAAGGGGUAUGAGCCCACUGCCGGGCAAACAAUUCACACCUCUCCACAAUAAGACUGGUACAGAGAUAAAACGCACAGCACGACUAAAGCGCUGGGGUCCUCUGAGCCACCUGAGUUCAGUCGGGAAGCAGCCAGUAUGUGUCAGGAAUUAGUCAGGUUUUAGAACAAGUCAGGAGAUUAAACGAGUCAGAAUGAGUCGAGAGUCAGAAUCAGUCAGAAAUGAAUCAGGUGUUUGAAUAAGUCAGACUGAAACAGGAGUCAAAAUGAGUCCGUAAGAGUCAGUGAAUCCCUUUUGAGUUUAUUCAAUCCAAUGCUGUAUAUGCUGGAUUAUCAAUCUGAUUUUCAAUCAUUUUCAUUAUUAUUAUUAUUAUUAUUAUUAUUAUUAUUAUUAUUAUUAUUUGUUUGUUUGUUUGUUUGUUUGUUUGUUUAAAUUAUUUAUUUAUUUAUUUAUUUAUUUAUUUUUACCAUUUCCAAGGACAUGGAAAUUCUGAAAUGUAGAUUAAACAUAUUUAAAUUCUUAUCUUAGAGACAUAUGGAGUCAUAUUAAUGUAAAAUUAAUAUCAUUUAUAUAAUUAGAAUGAUUAAAUAAUAUAUAAUACUAUUCAAUCGGAUGUUCCGGAACUAACAGUAAAACCUGUGCGUUAUUCCGGUCUAUUUUGGUAAGUACAAUCACUUCCGGUGGCGGUACCCCGACAACAGCCUUGAUUUCUUUUUUCCCUACCUGUAUUAAAAAAAUUCCCGCCUUCCAUGAUAUAAUUGGCUGGCGCUGUCUAGAAGAACGUACUAUAAUUGGCUACUAUUUUAGAUUCGCCUAACGGACAGUGAAACUAACCAAUAGCAACAAAGGAGGCGGGAUUUUCCAGAAAGCGGGUGGGCUAAAGGAAUAACCCGACCAGCGUUACCGCAGAUUGAUGCUAACGAAAUGGAAGCCGCGAAUGUAAACAGUUAAAACUAUUGCACACUUUUCUGAACUCUAAAGCGGUAAAUUAUGGCGGUUCCCAUGGAAACCCAGCUUCAGAGCAUAUUCGAGGAUGUUGUGAAAACGGAGGUUAUUGAGGAGGCGUUUGCAGGGAUGUUCAUGGACACGCCGGAAGAUGAACGGACCAAACUGAUCAGCUGUUUAGGAGCUUUCCGGCAGUACUGGGGCUCGCUCCCUCAGGAGUCACAUGAGCAGUGCGUGCAGUGGAUCGUACGCUUCAUACACAGCCAGCACAGCCCCAAACGCAUCUCCUUCCUCUAUGACUGCUUAGCCAUGGCUGUGGAGACCAGCCUGCUGCCACCCAAGAUGGUGUGUCAGGCGCUGAUCGGCUCUGAAACCCUGGAGUGGGAGCGCGCUCAGCUCUGGUCUCUGACCUUCAAACUCAUCCGGAAGAUAAUCGGCGGUGUGGAUUAUAAGGGUGUGAGGGACCUUCUGAAGGCUGUGCUGGAUAAAAUGCAGACCAUCCCAAACCUGGUCAGCUCUGCGGUGGUGCAGCAGCUCCUCCCAGCGCGAGAGGUGGUGGAGUAUAUCCUGGACAGGAACGCAUGUCUCCUACCUGCUUAUUUCGCCGUGACUGAGAUCCGGAAGCUUUAUCCAGAGGGACAGCUGUCACACUGGCUGUUAGGCAGCCUUAUAUCCGACUUCGUGGACAGCUUCCGCCCCACCGCGAGGAUCAACUCCAUUUGUGGUCGCUGUAGUCUCCUGCCCGUGGUGAAUAACUCGGGAGCGAUCUGUAACUCGUGGAAGCUGGACCCUGCCACGCUGCGCUUCCCUCUCAGAGGCAUGCUGCCCUAUGAUAAGGACCUGUUCGAGCCGCAGACGGGCUUGCUGAGGUACGUGCUGGAGCAGCCGUACUCCAGAGACAUGGUGUGCAACAUGCUCGGCCUCAACAAACAGCACAAGCAGCGAUGCCCCGUGCUGGAGGAGCAGCUCGUCGAUCUGGUGGUGUACGCCAUGGAGCGCUCAGAGACGGAGGAGCAGUUCGACGACGGCGGCACCAGCCAGCUGCUGUGGCAACAUCUGUCCAGUCAGCUCAUCUUCUUCGUCCUGUUCCAGUUCGCCAGCUUCCCUCACAUGGUCCUCUCGCUGCAUCAGAAGCUGGCUGGGCGUGGUCUAAUUAAAGGCAGAGAUCACCUGAUGUGGGUGCUGCUGCAGUUCAUAUCCGGAAGCAUCCAGAAGAACGCGCUGGCUGACUUCCUCCCCGUCAUGAAGCUGUUCGAUCUGCUUUACCCCGAGAAAGAGUGUAUUCCAGUACCGGACAUCAACAAGCCACAGUCCACACACGCCUUCGCCAUGACCUGCAUCUGGAUCCAUCUGAACCGCAAAGCCCAGAACGACAACUCCAAACUGCAGAUCCCCAUCCCGCACUCUCUCAAACUGCACCACGAGUUUCUGCAGCAGAGCCUGCGCAACAAGAGCCUGCCGAUGACCGACUACAAGAUCGCCCUGCUGUGUAACGCCUACUCCACCAACUCCGAGUGCUUCACGCUGCCCAUGGGCGUCCUGGUGGAGACCAUCUACGGUAACGGUACGGUGCGCAUCCCGCUGCCCGGGACCAACUGCACGGCCUCGUGCUCCAUCACACCGCUGCCCAUGAACCUGCUCGACUCGCUCACUGUCCACGCCAAGAUGAGUCUGAUCCACAGUAUAGCCACACGGGUCAUAAAGCUGGCCCACGCCAAGUCCAGCAUCGCUCUUGCCCCGGCGCUGGUGGAGACGUACAGCCGCCUGCUGGUCUACAUGGAAAUCGAGUCGCUCGGCAUCAAAGGCUUCAUCAGUCAGCUCUUGCCAAACGUGUUCAAGUCCCACGCCUGGGGGAUUCUUCACACGCUGCUGGAGAUGUUCAGCUACAGGAUGCACCACAUCCAGCCUCAUUACCGUGUUCAGCUCCUCUCACACCUCCACUCGCUCGCCGCUGUUCCACAGACCAACCAGAACCAGCUGCACCUCUGUGUGGAAAGUACAGCUCUGAGGUUAAUCACGGCGUUGGGGAGCUCCGAGGUGCAGCCACAGUUCACACGGUUCCUCAGCGACCCGAAGACGGUGCUGUCGGCCGAGUCAGAGGAGCUGAACCGAGCGCUCAUCCUCACCCUCGCCCGCGCCACACACAUCACCGAUUUCUUCACGGGUUCUGACUCGAUCCAGGGAACGUGGUGUAAGGACAUUCUACAGACCAUCAUGAACUUCACACCUCACAACUGGGCCUCGCACACACUCAGCUGCUUCCCCGCUCCCCUGCAGGCGUUCUUCAAGCAGAACAACGUUCCUCAGGAGAGCCGCUUCAACCUGAAGAAGAACGUAGAGGAGGAGUACAGGAAGUGGAAGUCCAUGACCAAUGAGAACGACAUCAUCACUCACUUCUCCAUGCAGGGUUCUCCGCCACUCUUCCUCUGCCUGCUCUGGAAGAUGCUUCUAGAAACCGACCACAUAAACCAGAUCGGCUUCAGGGUUCUGGAGCGAAUCGGUGCUCGCGCUCUCGUCGCGCACGUGCGGACGUUUGCCGAUUUCCUGGUGUACGAGUUUUCCACGUCGGCGGGCGGUCAGCAGCUCAACAAGUGCAUCGAGAUCCUGAACGACAUGGUGUGGAAGUACAACAUCGUCACUUUGGACCGUCUCAUCCUCUGCCUGGCGAUGAGAAGUCAUGAGGGCAAUGAGGCUCAAGUGUGCUACUUCAUCAUCCAACUGCUCCUCCUUAAACCCAAUGACUUCCGCAACCGCGUCAGUGACUUCGUCAAAGAGAACGCUCCGGAACACUGGCUACAGAGCGACUGGCACACCAAACACAUGUCCUACCACAAGAAGUAUCCAGAGAAGCUGUAUUUUGAAGGUCUGGCGGAGCAGGUGAACCCCCCCAUGCAGCUCCAGCCGCAGUAUCUGCCUAUCUACUUCGGCAACGUGUGUUUACGCUUCCUGCCCGUCUUUGACAUCGUCAUCCACCGCUUCCUGGAACUGCUACCGGUCUCCAAGUCCUUGGAAACCCUUUUGGACCACUUGGGGGGGUUGUACAAGUUCCAUGACCGCCCAGUGACGUACCUCUACAACACCUUGCACUACUAUGAAAGGCACCUCCGUGACCGAACCAACCUUAAACGCAAGCUCGUCCACGCCAUCAUGAGCUCUCUGAAGGAUAACCGUACUCCCGGAUGGUGCCUCAGCGAGACCUACCUCAAGUUUGGCAUGAACCCCCGUGAGGACAACGUCUGGGUCCCCGAUGACACCUACUACUGCAAACUCAUCGGGCGUCUCGUGGACACGAUGGCAGGAAAAUCUCCAGGCCCUUUCCCGAACUGCGAUUGGCGGUUUAACGAGUUCCCAAACCCGGCAGCACACGCGCUUCACGUCACCUGUGUGGAACUGAUGGCCCUCGCUGUUCCGGGUGGGGACGUGGGAAACGCACUGCUGAACGUAGUGCUCAGGAGUCAGCCACUCGUCCCCCGGGAGAACGUGACUGCUUGGAUGAAUGCGAUUGGUCUGAUCAUCACCGCUCUACCUGAGCCGUACUGGAUCGUACUACACGACCGCAUUGUUAGCGUGAUUGGCAGCCCUGCGCUAACCUCGGACGCAGAGUGGGUUGGUUAUCCCUUCCAGCUGCUGGACUUCACGGCGUGCCACCAGUCGUAUUCGGAGAUGUACUGCAGCUACGUGCUAGCGUUAGCACACGCCGUGUGGCACCACUCCAGCAUCGGCCAGCUUUCUCUCAUUCCCAAGUUUCUGUCGGAGGUCCUGAAGCCUCUGGUGAAAACCGAAUAUCAGCUGCUCUAUAUCUAUCACCUGGUCGGACCUUUCCUCCAGCGCUUCCAGCAGGAGAGGACACGCUGCAUGCUCGAGAUUGGGGUAGCGUUCUAUGAGAUGCUGCAGGCUGUGGAUCACCACAGCAACCACCUGGCGUACAUGGACCCCAUCUGUGACUUCCUGUACCACAUCAAGUACAUGUUCACAGGAGACAGCGUCAAAGACCAGGUUGAGAAGAUCAUCUGCACGUUGAGGCCAGCCAUGAAGCUUCGCCUCCGUUUCAUCACACACACCAGCAAGAUGGAGCCUGCCGCGGCCGUCGCCACGGCGACGUCUGCUUCCCAGCCCACCACGGUGUCCUCCCCUGCCCCUCAAACUGGAACCGGACCUUCUAGUAUCCCUCUCUCAGUUCCCCAGUGAUCCUCUACCAUCCAUUUAAUCUGUUCCACAAUCCCCAAACCAUCCCCCAAUAUCCCCGUCAUCCAUCUGUAAUUUUACCACUGACCUUCAGUCGUCCUUCUCUUUAUUCCUUUUUUUCUUUUCCUCCCAGACCUGAUAGCAUUUCACGUUGGAUCAUUAUGAAGAAAAAUUUUGGUUGUUUAAAAGGCCACACCCCCAAGUAUUGACCCAAGUAGCGGUCAAUACACGCCCAUAUUAGACAAAAUACAAGCGACCUUUGACUUGUCGCUCGCUAACCAGCUCUUCGAGGUCGGCAGGCGCGUUUUCUUUAUGGUUUAUUUCCCCUUUGUCUUCAUUCUUCUCUUCCCCAGUAAUCUUGCAAUUAGUUCCUGUUUGACUUCCUACCAUUUCUCCAUGUCUAUCCAAUAACCCCAACAUCUCCACCUUCUACUGCCCCGUGACCCCUCAAAUGGUCACCUGACCAUGUCCUGGUCAGCAAUGACUCGAUCAUUUCCAGCACUCGGCGAAAGAUCUCGUAGAUUCAUGCGUGUAUAAAAAAGACCUGAAGAAAAGAAGGAGGAAGCUGUGAUCUGGCUGAAAAAUUGGGAUCCACUUCACGAGCAUUCUUAGCUCUAUUUAAAAGCCAAGGGAGUGGAAUUAGUGCCACAGACGCCAGAUCGAACCCAAGCUGCCAGCGGAAUACGAGUUUCCACUUCCCAAGCAAACUGAACACGUUCUUCAACUAAAGCUUGAUGGGAAAUCCUGGAUGAAAGACUCUUGGAAACGUUGCCAGAUUGUUUUGUGUGGUGGGAUUAUCCGAUUAUCCUGGCUGCGAAGCGACGUUAAACUCGCGUACUUCCCCCAGGACGGUCGCUAAUAACAACGAAGUAAGUUAGGACACGUUAUAUAGCAUAAUGCUAAUGCUUACAUGUGAUUUGCUUCAUUAUUCGUCAGGAUCUAAGAAUAUAACGUGAAAUAAACCUGUGCAUGGACUAAAGCGUAAAUAACGUGUUCGCCAUCGACGGACAUUUCUAAACAUGAUGCUGAAUUUUUUUUGUGUGUGUGUGUGUUUGGUCAUUUUUUUAAAAAAGAAAAAAGUAUUUGAGAUUUGUACACAGGAUGACCGUAGAGUAUUUUCUUGUCUUUGAUUUCAAAAUAAAUUUGAAAAGCGUGUUUUGCAGGA